AUGGGCUCAGAAACCACCCCUCCCUCCAAGCCCUCCGCAAUUCCAUCCCACAUGUUGAACGGUGGCUCCCCUUUGCAAUCGUCUUCGGGCCCUAGCACAGGGACUACCGCACGCGAUGUCCGUGAACGUGAGAGUCUCAAUUCUUCCAUUCGCUCGUCCUUUGCGCCUCGAGUGCCUGCGGGGCUAGGAUUUGAUGUCGAGGCCGCUGCUACACCCAGUGACGAUGCGACGGUUCGGGAGGCAGCAGAAGCUCCUACUGCUUUGGCUACCCGCGGAAGACCGACUUUGAAUGGCCCUCCCCGCGAUCCCCGGGACGAGGGCGGUCCGUUGACCCCGCCGGCGACUGUAUCCCGCCCCGCCAGUCCUUAUACACUGAACCCCCCAAUCGAUUUUGAUGGACUGAGCUGGCCUUGCCCUGGAACUCGGCAGCGGUUAGAUUCCACCCCCGAAGAAAACGAAGAACGAUUGAAGAAGCUUUCAGGUGCCGUCAGAACAAUUUUAGAAUGUGUUGGAGAAGACCCUGAGCGCGAGGGCCUCCGUGAGACCCCCGAGAGGUACGCCAAGGCCAUGCUCUACUUCACCAAGGGCUAUGAAGAGAACGUUCGAGACCUGGUCAACGGUGCAGUCUUCCAUGAAGACCACGAUGAAUUGGUCAUUGUCAAGGACAUUGAUGUGUUCUCUCUGUGUGAGCACCAUAUGGUCCCUUUUACUGGAAAGAUGCAUAUCGGUUACAUCCCGGAUCGUCGUGUCCUGGGACUUUCAAAACUGGCCCGUCUGGCUGAGAUGUUCUCUCGCAGACUUCAGGUUCAAGAGAGACUGACCAAGCAGGUCGCCUUGGCAAUUUCGGAGGUGCUGAAGCCUCGGGGUGUUGGCGUUGUGAUGGAGUCUUCCCACCUCUGUAUGGUCAUGCGUGGCGUGCAGAAGGUUAGCAGCACUACCACAACAAGUUGCAUGCUGGGAUGCAUGCGCUCAAGUGCUAAAACCCGCGAAGAGUUUUUGACACUGCUUAACCGACGCUAA